AACGACGUCGCGGGAACAGCGCCAGGACAGCGCGUGGCGCGAGGUGGUGGCCGAGGCUGCGCCAUGGGGCGAUUUUCUGAAAGUGCUAGGCGGUCGGCUGAUUGGCUUUCGUUGCCGCCGCGGUUACAAAGAAUCCAACGAGCCAAGCAACGCUGUGUCUCUUCUCCCUCCCCUCUGUGAACGGCCGCACCACGAUCCGCGUCAGCUCGCCGCAUGAGACGACCUUCCUCCCGCUGCACCCUGGCAGCAUGGACAGCGCAUGCGGCGCACAUCCCCAACUUCAAGAGCGCCACCACAGCCCGCAAGACUACACAGAAGGGGAGGACGAGAACGACCCGUUGGCCCUGGUCAUCCUGCCGCCGCUGUCGCCACAGUCGUGCCUGAACUCCACCUUUCCGGAGGAAAAAACUUGGUGCCCGAGGGCUUGCCUGUCUCUCGUCGAGCUCGGCCUUAUGGCAGACACGGCCUGGGGUCCGGAGGACGCUUACCAGGGCCAAGUGCGAGAGCUGUGGCUCGCUUACCACCGACAGCAGUCCCCAAACACAUACGUCCAAGAGGCUCGAAAGCUGUCUUGGGGAAUGGGUCGACGAAACGACAUUCUAUCGGAAGAGAGCUCAAGAACGGCCCUGACGUUAAAGGAACUGGGUGACCUCUGGAACAGCAUAGUAAAAGUGCAAUUUCUAUGGAAAGGUUGUUCCAACAAGGACGUCGAACUGUAUCAUCGGCUCUCCACGCUUCUGAAAACAAAGGUCUCCUCAACUGAAGCGACAGUAACGGCGUCUGGAGACUGCAAAGAAACAUCUUUGAACAUUGCAAAGCGCGUUUUCACCGAACACAAUGGAGACGCUGACAGCAUCCAGCGCUAUUUUGCGUCACAGACUCAAUCGUUCAGGGGAAUAUUGUCACCUGGAGGCACUGCAGAAGACGAGUCGUCUGACGACCUUUAUUCGGAGCAGACGACAGAUAGAGACGACGACGUCACUUCGUACAACGACUCCGACUACGAUACUUGGACGGACAACGAGAGUGCCCCCGACUCCGAAGAUGGCCGACAGUCCCCUGAAGAUGGUCUGUCUUUCUGCUAUGGCCAUAGCGCAGCUAAUGACCACUUGUGCUUCAAUUUUGCUCCGUUGCCCGGUUGCGAGACGUGGGUACCUGGGGUGGCGUGGUCGCAUCUAAAAGACGGCUUCGAUAAGCAAUCGCCGCAAAGCUCCAGUACCUCCACGCAGGACACUAUUACUCCGACGCAGUCACUCGGAAGCAGCCUGGAAAAGAAGUCGUGGCCGAGCAGCACUCGUCUUCCAGUGAGCGUGUCACGGCUGCAAGUCAACACUACCACGACUGCAGGCAGCGUCGGCAUUCCUCGACCUGAACACUGCCACCAACCCUAUUAUCUCGCCCCCAAGCACGCCCCGAGCAAGCCUCUGGCCCGCCUCCAGUCCAACACAGUCAGCUACCCCACCCAAACAACAUCCUGGCCUGCCCUUCCAACCAUACAGAGAAUAGCGUACCUUCCUGCCGCUCCCAACUACAGUCCCGCAUCGUUGAUGGUGCUCCAAAAAUGCCCCCCUCCCCAAACCAUCCCCCAGGGAUACAUUCACCAUCCCCACAUCCCCGUCCUGCCCCAGUCGGCGGGUUUCAUCUUGCCACCUCUUCAGAUGGUUCGAUCGCAGCCACCACCCACAUUCUUUGUGCAACCCAACAGCUCCGUGGCCGUAAUGAAAACUGCGUCUCGCAGUCACUACUCUGCCUGGAGUUACGGGGGCCCGGUACAACCUCCUCCACCACCACCGCCACCCACACUCCCUGCGGGGCCCCUGCACCAUCACCACCACGCUGCCAGGCACGUCCCGACAGUGGUGUACGGAAAAUACGAAGCACGACAACGUGCGGUGCUCCCCAGUUACUCGCAGGGGUCCCUUUCCGUAAUGGGGGAUGCAAAGGCCUGCACUGCAAAGUCCCGACUGCUCAAGAAAGGAAAGUGCGACGCAUCGUCCUUCCAAGACGGUAAGUUGAGAAGCGUCCACGUUACUUGGAGCAACUUCAAGGCGUGUCCCUACCGUUUUUCACUCAACUUGUUACUGUGCUACUGUGGCAAGAGGAGCCGUGCGUGUCGUUUGACAGCAAUCGUCAUGACCAGCACACUGAACGAUUUCAAAAUCAACCUUUGUGCGUGCGUCAGCAAGAAAUGGAAGAGUGGGGCGACAGCUGUUCCUCGGCCGCAAGAAACCUUGUAGCGUUCAAGAAAGAAGAAUGAUUUUGAUACCGCAAUGAAGUAUACUCUCUGCCUUCGCAAGUCUCGCUCCGAUACCUAACAGUGUUUAUCACACCUCUUCUCUCCCUACAGAUUGCCUGCCUACUUCCGUGGACGUUAACAGGUAAAACAAAAAGACAUUUCUCCGCUUCUCUUGUUAGUGCUCCUCUCAAGACUGCAUUAGGCCCACAUCUGUUUCAUUCAAAUCGCCGCCACUUCGUCUCUUUCGCAUUUGAUAAUUUUCAGUGUAUUGAACGCUUGUUGUACGUUGGCGAUUAGUACCAGUCACAUCGAAACACUGCAUCACAUUUUUAUUUAACUUUGUUCAUCCCGCAUGUCAUGUUCAUCUGUUGAAAAAAAAAAAUGCUAAACAAAAAAAGGACUCUCGUAAUGCACCCCCCGCACGUUAUGUACACCUGCUUUGACCGAUUCAAAGAUUCAGCUGCAGUCCACCAUCGACGAACACCGUCUGAAACACAGACAAAUGCUGACGUUUGCCUUGCUGCCCACGGCGCAAGAGAAAUUGGAGAUCGCUAGCCUACCUGUCCGGUCAUGUAAGAUGCACAAGACAAAAAGUAAACAAUCUCGGCCACUUCCUCUGUGCAGCCUAUCCUACGAAGAGGUAUCAAAGGCAGAAUGGAGUCCAAGUGUUCCGUUUCUGUCAUGUCAGUUUUGAUGAAACCUAGAAGAGGAAUGAAUGAAUGAAAAUUUGUUGCUAACUAAAACGUGCAGAAGACUAUCUCACCGGGAACUACAAGAUUGACACGAAUGCCUCUCGAAGCAACUUCUUUUGCGAGUGAUUUCGUGAAUCCGUCCAGUCCAGCCUUGCUCGCGCUGUAUGCUGUCUGACCGACGUUACCUUUCGUCCCCACAAUACUACCUGGGGAUAAGAUAUGAAGAAAAUGCAAGCUUGGUGAUCCAUUAACGUAAUAAACGCAAUGUAUUGAAAUUCGG